UAGAAAUGCCUCUAGAAGCAGCUGUAGUAGUUUUGGAUAACUCAGAAUUCUCUAGAAAUGGAGAUUUAGAGCCUUCUAGAUGGAAUGCAUAAUAAGAAGCCAUUGAAUUGUAUAUUAAUAUUGUUAUUGAUUCAAAUAUGGAAAGUGGAAUGGGAUUGAUUUUAGGAGGAGGUAAACAAGUAAGAUUGUUGAUGACUCCAACAAAUGAUAGAGAUUUAAUUUAAGGUUAAUUCCAUAAAACAAGAUUAGAAGGUAAUCAAGUCUGAUGAAUAAAAUAGGCAAUUUAAAGUUUUCUGUUGCACUUUAAUAGGCAUCUUUAGCUUUGAAGCAUAGAAUCAAUAAAUAAUAACAUCAACGUAUAGUGGCAUUUGUUGCAAGUCCAAUUGAAGAAGAAGUAGAUACUUUAGUCAAGUAUAAAAUGAUUUAAAUAAUGUUAGUCUUGCAAAAAGAUUAAAGAAAAAUAAUAUAGCAAUUGAUUUAAUUAAUUUCGGAGAGUAGAAUGAAGAACAUCUUUAGAAAUUAAAAAUAUUCUUUGAAAAUGUAUAGAAAGGAUCGAGUUCAAAAUAUAUCAAUAUCUAACCAGGAAUGAGCGCAACAGAAACACUUUUUUCAACUUUAGGAAAUUAUUCUGAUUUUUAAGCUGAGCCUGGAUAAUAAUAACAAUAAGCUCCAUAAUAAAGCACAGGUGGAUAAUUUUCUGAAUAUGGAGGGUUUGAUCCAAAUGUUGAUCCAGAGAUGGCUUUGAUAAUGAAAAUGAGUCUUGAAGAUGAAGCAUAAAGAUAAUAAUAAUAAUUAGCUUAGUAAUUAUAAUAAUCUUAACAAUAAUAAUAGUAACCUUAAUAAUAAUAAUAAUAAUAAAUAUAAGAAGAAAAAAUAGAAAAUGUUAUCGAAGAAGAGAAUGAUGAACUAUUAGAAUAAGCGAGAUUAUUAAGUAUGCAAAUAGAAUAAUAAGAAUAACAAGAACAACCUAAUUAAACUGCUUAAUAGUAAUAAAAAUAAAGUUAACUCACUUAGAAGUAAGUAUAUUUAUUAUAACAUAGUUAAUUAUUCUAAGAUUAAAACUUCCUUGAUGAAUUAUUAGAUGAUGUAAAUAAGGACGAAGAGUAAGAAGGUCUCCUAAAAAAAGAUGCAGACAAAUCAAAGAAAGAUUGAUA